UUACGCCCCUUCUAUAAAUGACCACGCAUUAGAUUUUGGGCUCUUCCUUUGAAGCCUACUGAGGUUUUAUCGCCAUCUUCGAGGGACAUUCGAUUUAACACUGUUACUUUGUGGACGCUGUUUGUGAUUUUCAAAGAUGGCGACAAACAUUGCCUUACCAGCAGCAAACACAUCCCACUGCCAGGUGUGCGAACAGCGACCGAAACACGUGCUAGCCACGUGCAGGUGUCACGACUGUGACAUGACCAUGUGUGUGGACUGUGAGUUCACGCAUUCUGUGACGUGUGCGUCUCAUGACGUCAGGAACAUCGUCCACAUCCCCGAUGAAGGGUCGAGCGUUGACCUUGAGGUGUUUGACACCGAUGGAGUGUCGGCUGUUUACUGCAGGGUGUCCGGAAUGGAGGGGGAAGACAACGUUCCACGUGACGCUGAUAUACCCAGAUUUUCCCUCCUAAAAGAGUUUUCCUCUGCUGUUGAUGAGGGUGACGAGGUGCCUCCAGACAUCAGGUCGGUGUUGGUACUGAAAUCAGGUGUCAUAUUGGCCGCGGAUUGGGCCAAUUGCUGUCUGAAAGCUUUCAGCCAAGAAGGAACUUUUCUAGGGGAUCAUUACUUCGAUAAAAUCGGCAAAGACGCUGGUCGGAUACAAGGAAUUUGCCGUAAGGACGAAGACACGGUCCUUGUCACGCUGCCGUCUUUGAGAAAGAUCGCCACGAUCACUGUCAAGUUACGGGGAGGUAUAGUGAAGUUUUCGACAGUAAUGCAUACGACCAAAAGGAGAUAUUUCGGCAUCGCGCAUCUAUCUGAGGUCAAACAAAUCCUGGCCGGGACAACAGAUACCGUGGACAUUUUAGGCUACAAUUGUUGUUGCAUUGCAUCGUUAAAAGACAGGUUUGAGAACCCUUAUAACAUGGCGACCGAGUCCCCCAGCUCGGUGGUAGUGUCCGACACGGGACGGAACUGUUUGUUCCGUAUACAUGCAGACCAACGAGUAAAGAGAAUACCUGUGGCUGAUACGACACUUCGGCUCAGAGGGGUCACUGUCGAUGGCAAUGGAAAUGUAUUUUUCUGCGGACUGAAGAACGAAGGAAUCGGAUGGGUGAACAGCCUUGAUGUGAGCAUGGGCGACGUGAUGCCUGACGGGUCAAGUCUCCGGGAUGGUGUGGGGAUCUCCUUCCAGAAGACUGUCCACGGCCGACGGUUGGCUGUGUCGGUCAGCACGGGCAGCGUGAUGGUCUACAGGGUCACCUAUGAGGCUUAGAGACGGAAAAAACACCUAAACACUGCCAUGUACUCAUUAAAAAUAGAUGUUCAUUUGAA